GAGCGGGAGGAUGUCGGUGGUGCUGGGGCUGCUGUCGCACACGCUGGGCCGCGUGCUGCGCUCCGCCGGGCUCCGUAGCGGCUGCCAUGCCCCGCGCGAGCCGGCCAUGGAGCAGGACAAGGCGCUCGAGGUUUACGAUAUAAUCCGUACUAUCCGGGACCCGGAGAAGCCUAAUACUUUGGAAGAACUGGAAGUGGUGACGGAAAGCUGUGUGGAAGUGCAGGAGAUAGGUGAAGAGGAGUAUCUGGUUAUCAUCAGGUUUACACCAACAGUACCUCAUUGUUCUCUAGCUACUCUCAUUGGCCUUUGUUUAAGAGUAAAGCUUCAGAGAUGUUUGCCUUUUAGACAUAAGCUGGAAAUCUACAUAUCUGAGGGUACACAUUCCACUGAAGAGGACAUCAACAAGCAAAUCAAUGAUAAAGAAAGAGUAGCAGCUGCGAUGGAGAACCCAAACUUGCGUGAGAUUGUGGAGCAGUGCGUUACCGAGCCCGACUAGCCGCUCUAGGAACCACAGUUGUCGUUUUGAUACGUUUGUUAAAAUUUGUAAAAAAAGGAAAAUAAUAAUAAUGAUGAUCAAGGCCUUGAGUUUAAUACUUGAGUUCUUUUUUUAUCUUCCACAUGUUUUUUUAAAAGAAAUGUUUAUAAGAUAGAUUUAAAUUAUGAUAAAUUAGUCUCUAAAAUAAAGUGAAUGUAUAGUGUGAAGAGUUUGUAAUAUCCAGUGACCAGAAAAGUAUUUUAUCUCAUUAAAACCAAAACAAGUUAUCUGUAUUGCCUUCUGAUAGACUAAUAGACUAAUGCAGUUUUGGGGGUUACAUUUC